UAUAUCUUCUAUCAAGAUAAACUGACCAAGAAUAUAUUUGCUUUGUGCAGUCGAAUACUGACUUUUGCUUCAUACUAUCUCAAAAGACAUGCUAUUUUAUAUAAUUCUGUCAUUUUUGGCGUUUAUUAACUUAUCUUGUGGAAGACCGCCCUCACUAUAUUCAGAUCGAUUGAAAUCACUAAACCUCGAUGAACAUAAGGAAGAAGACAUAGACGAGCAUGAUGAUCUUCCGAGAUGGCACAACGAUUUGAAAGAAAUAAUAUCUAAAUUAAUAGUAGGAGGUUAUACAAAUCAGGAAAUUAUUGAAGAAACAUUACCCAUGAUUAAUUUCGUCCAAAAAUAUUAUCGAGUUGUCAUAACUAAUAUAAGCAUUGACUCAGACAGAAGACCGCAUAUACAAUUCGUUAAGAAAGAAGACCUUGAAAAAGAAGCGCUUAUAGUGGCGGAACAUGGUCAAAAUUAUGGACCCCCAUCAAGAACGACGCCUGAACCUAUAGAUUAUGUAUAAGUAGUUGAAAAUAAACAUUUUAUUUUUAUUCAAAUUAUUAUUAUUUA